GUGACAUAAUUAUUUAUUUAAAAAUUUGAAGACCGUGAUAAUUACAAUGAAGAGGAUCAAAGAAUUGAUUUGGUAUUUUUUAUUUGUGAAUGCCAUUGAAUGCUACGAGAUCAAGAUUCCUGAUCAUUCAAUACCAAAAAGUUCUCUCAUCACACACAUCCACACGCGAAAGUUACUGGAGUUGUGUUUUUCUGAUCAACUUAAUCCUGUCGUGAUCGAAUCAAAUUUGAUUGAUAUCGUGUAUGGAAUGAAGAGCAAUAAGGAAAUAAACUUGUCUGUUAUUCCAAUCGAUACACACUUUAUAAAAGUCGAGGGGCCAGGAAGCAAACUAGAUUUUAUCGUCCAGCCUUCGUAUCCAACGUUCAUUUUCGCCUCUAAAACGAUCACUAAUCUCUAUUCAAUUCAACUCCGUUUAUCGUACUUCAAUUAUUGGAGUAACCAGACACCAUUUUUUGUUAUUGGAAAAACAUGCAGGAAUGCAUUGCAACAACUGAAGAUUCUCGUGAGAUAUGGCGCUCUUACGUCAUAUUAUAUACACUAAUGCAAAAAAUUAAAGCAGCAGAAAAAUUUUAUAAAUUUUUUAGUGAUU